UAAUCUUCUUUUUGGUUGCGAGAAUUGUUGGUUCGGUGUCUCUUUUCCUUUAUUGCAAAUUCACGCGAAUGAAUUACAUCGUACGAUCCAACCGUCAAAUAGUCCAAAUACAGUUUCGCACGUUUUUGAGUUGGGACCGGUGUCGGAUAAGGGAUCGGUGAGUGGAUUUUUUCCGAAAUGUAAUUUAGUUCAAUUUACGUGCGGCGUGUACGCAAAUGAAGAAGUAUGUUUGGGGUUACCAAUAAACGAGUUGAGCUGAUGGUACGGGUUGCCAUGUUAAUUCUUUUGCAACGAGAAGCUUUGGCGGAAGGUCCACAUUUGCCACAAACGGGCAGGUUUCGCGAAGGUACGUCCAUUGAUGAUAAUUUCACACAAUGUAAUGGUGGUCAUGGUGGAAAAAUCGAAAACGAAUUCGGUUGGCAGGAUUACUUGGUCUUAUUGGCAAUGCUUGUGAUAUCGUGCGGAAUUGGCGCCUUUUACGGCUUCUUCGGAUCCAAGCAAAAAACCAGCAGCGACUUUCUGCACGGGGGUGGAACGAUGGGCACCUUUCCGAUGGCAAUGUCAUUGGCGGCAAGCUUUAUCACGGCCAUUGAAUUACUGGGAAAUCCCGCAGAAAUGUAUAAUUACGGUACACAAUUUUGGAUGAUCUGCAUCUCUUUCAUUUUGGUUAUUCCAAUUACAUCCAAAUUCUACUUGCCGAUAUUCAUGAAGCUACGGUUAACUAGUAGUUAUGAGUAUUUGGAAUUGAGAUUCAAUCGACAGACGAGCCUUUUGGCAAGCGGACUGUACAUAUUUCAAAUGGUGCUGUACACCAGCGUCGCGGUGUACGCUCCGGCUUUGGCUCUUAGUCACGUGACUGGACUAAACGUUUACAUUGCCGUUACCGUGGUCUACGUCGUUUGCAUCUUCUACGCAUCUCAGGGAGGUAUGAAAGCCGUGAUCAUGACCGACACGUUCCAAGCAGUUGUCUUGGUCGCCUCCAUCCUUCUGGUUCUGUACUUCGGCGAGAGGUACGUCGGCGGUACCGGCGUCAUUUGGUCCGACAGUUACAGAACGAAUCGCUUGGAGAUCUUCAAUAUGAAUCCGAGCCCAACGAUCAGGCACAGCUUUUGGUCGGUAGUGAUCGGCGGCACUUUUUACUGGCUCACGAUGUUCAGCUCUAAUCAGGCGUCAAUUCAAAAGUAUCUCACGGUGGAAACGAUUUCUCAAGCUCGAAAGGCGAUUUGGGUGUCGUCGAUCGGACUGAUCCUAAUCUACACGAUUAACUUCUAUACGGGAAUGGUGCUGGUCUCCCACUAUCGCUCCUGUGACCCGCUGAAAUCGCACCAGAUUUCGUCACCCGACGAAAUUCUGCCUUUCUACGUUUUGUCGCAGCUGGGUCACAUGCGAGGGGUUACGGGACUUUUCGUCGCGGGUAUUUUCGCCGCCAGUUUAGGGACAGUGGCGUCGGCGUUAAACAGCUUGGCCGCCGUCACCUGCAAGGAUUUCAUUUCUGGGGCGUUCAGAAUCGAAAUGGCCGAAUCUAAGGGCGCGCUGUGGGGCAAGUGCAUCUCCAUCGCUUACGGAAUUAUAAGUUUCGGACUUGUGUUUAUAGUCGAGCAAUUGGGAAGCGUAAUGCAGAUCGCCUUGAGUUUCAAUGGAAUGGUUGGAGGAGUGACUCUUGGUCUCUUCUCCGCGGGCAUGUUCUUCCCGUGGACGAACUCGAAAGGUGCGGUUACCGGGGCCACUGUCGCCCUAGCCGUUGUUCUUUGGAUGGGCAUUGGUCAGCAAGUGGCCGUUGCCAAUGGCAGUUACGUGGUGCAGCAGAAACCCGUAAGCGUCGAAGGUUGUCGUUGCCUGAACCACACGGAGAUCGCCGCAGAAGCCGUUGGCCAAAAUUCACUAUUCUUCUUGUACCGAAUUUCGUACCUGUGGUAUUCCGCAAUCGGCUUCCUUAUAACGGUCGUAGUGGCAUUUAUUGUUUCCAUCGUUACCGGCGUCCAAGAUCCCUUCGGCAUUGAUCCGGAUUUAAUGUCGCCUCCAUUCGCCUACUUUUACGAAACGCUGCCAAGGGAUUGGCAGGAAUUCCUUAGGCUUCCCCGAAUUGCAGAAGUCGAAAAGGCGAUCGACUUGAAAGGGAUUGUUAACCAUGGUCUGAGUAUGAGCGACGAUAAAGUGGAAAGUGACUGUAAGAAGACUGAUAGCAAAACGGGUCCUACAAAUUCGGUUAUCGAAAAGUAACUAAAAAUCAGUAUUAAUAAACUCGUUAUUUAAACAAAUUUUCGUUGUUAUUGUACAUAUAUUACAUAAUAUACACAAAUUGUGAUAUAA